AUGCACGCAGCCGCCGUUUUCGCAUCCGGAUCCUCGGCCCUAAUCACAGGCGGCGCCUCUGGUGUCGGCCUGGCGAUUGCAAAGCUCUGUCGGAGCAAGGGCAUGAAGAUUCUUCUCGUAGAUGUUAAUGCGGAGGCUCUUCAAAACGCCAAGAAGCAGCUUGUUGGCGAAAACGAUGCCGAGUCAGAUGUCGUCACGGCCGAAGCGGAUGUCAGCAAGGUGCAUGCUUGGGCAGAGUUGAAGAAGACUGCCACCUCGACAUUCGGCACGAUUGAGCUUCUCGUUCUCAACGCCGGAGUCGGUACGAGAGGAACCUGGGGAGACCAGGAGUAUUUCAGCAAGAUCUUUCAGACGAACCUCUUUGGCGUGGUCAACGGAAUCAAUACCUUCCUGCCCGUGAUCCAGGAAGCUUCCAAGACAAGGCCUACUUCUAUUGUCAUAACGGGAAGUAAGCAGGGUAUCACAAAUCCACCAGGGAACCCGGCCUACAAUGCGUCCAAGUCUGCCGUGAAAACCCUAGCUGAGCAUCUCAGCUGGGACUUGAAAGACACCAAUACAAGCGUCCACUUACUUGUUCCAGGAUGGACUUUCACCGGGAUGACCCGAGGAGGAAAUACUGAAAAGCCCGCGGGUGCUUGGGCUCCUCAACAGGUAGCCGAGUACUUGUAUCGCAAGAUGCAGGAUGACAAAUUUUACGUUAUAUGCCCCGAUAAUGAUGUUUCAGAGGAAACUGAUAAAAAGAGAAUGCUCUGGUCUGUGGGGGAUAUUGUGAAGGAGAGACCACCUCUUACAAGAUGGCGUGAGGAGUGGAAAAAGGAAGCAGAGGAAACCAUGGCCAAGACAAAUGUAUAA